CAGCUGCUUUCUUUUUUUGUGUGUGUGAGCGAAGUUAUUUCACAGCACCGCAACAAAUGAGAUCAUCUCCCCGCGGCCACUUCAUAUAGGUUCAUAAUACACCGCGUUGUUUCCUUCCACCGUUGCCUCUCGUCGAUUUAAGCAGGAACCGGAAAAUUCUCUUAAACGAGCCAUUUCGGUCGCUUUAAGAAGCCAGGCCAAUGGGAAAGGAUUUCACCCGGGGAGGCGGGAGUAGGAGAAGCUCACGGGAAACACGAAUGGGCAGGACUUUGAGAUCGCAACCAAUAGAAACUCAGAAGUCCGCAAGAGGAGCCAAUCCGCGGUGGACUCCAACGCUCGCGCAGUCAGGGUAUAGAUUACUCUGCGUGGUCGCAGGUUGACGGAGAGGGAAGCCAUGGAUCAGGGCUAUGGUGAGAGCUGGCGCUGCAGGGGCGGGGGAAGGGACCGGGAAACCCGGCAAACGCGGGUUAGGCUUCGCUCGGGAUAGGGCUGUUUACCUCACCGUGGUGGCUUUUCGCACCGACUAGGCCUGGUGGCUCUCAACCGCCUCCGCGAGACACGGGCGGCGUUGAUUGGCCAUCGGCGCUGCCCCUCUCGGAGAUUGGCCUGGCGAAUGGAGCGCCUCUUUCUAAUCUCCGCGGUCUGCGAGGAAGGCGGGACUAGGCCCUUUUUCCGAAGACGACACAAAAUGGCGUCGAGGCGACCCCUUUCCUCUGCGCCAGCGCGCGGUUCCUGCCCCCCAUUCUUUUGCGCGAGGUGCCGCCUCUUCGCCUCCUCCCCCGGGGGUGGGGGUUUAACUUUUGUAGCCGGCCUGCCCCCUCCUCCAGACACCCGCAGCUUCCUGGGCUUAGCGCUUGGUCCAUAUAGAGGAGAAGUCGUUUCCACAUCGCUAUUAAGAGUUGCCAACAUCUUCUCCCUCCUUGGCAGGACUCCUGUGUCUUUAACGCUUCUGCCACCCCUGUAGGUAGCAAGCGAAUCCCUUUCCGGCUAUGCAGUCGACGCCAGGGGAGGCGUCCGCCUGUUAAAAGGCCUGUGCAACUGUAGCUAGUCACUCGCCGUCAAUAGGCUUAUCUUCCAUGAACUUAUCUCGUUGUUUUUAAGGCAUUCAAGUUCGCAGCCAUCUCUUCUUUCCCGUGGAAGUGCCUUCCAUAGUUUUAACUAAGUGAAGAAGUACUUUUUGUCUGUCCUGAAUCUUCCAACAUUCAGCUUCCUUGGAUGUCCAUGAGUUCUAGAGUUACGAAAGAGGGAGAAAAACUUUUCUCUAUCCCCUUUCUCCAUGCCAUUUGUAAUUUUAUAAGCUUGUAUCAUGUCAACUCUUAAUCAUCAUUUCCCUAAACUAAAGUGUUCCAAAUGUUGCAACCUUUCACUCCAUCCCUUUAAUCAUUUUGGUUGCCUUUUCUGAACCUUUUCCAAAUCUACAAUAUCGUUUUUUGAGAUGAGGCUACCAGAUCUAUACGCGGUAUUCCAAAGGCAGUCACACCAUAGAUUUGUAUAAAAAUGCAUUAUGGGGUGGUAGUUUUACUUUUAGUUCCUUUCCUAAUUUUGUUGGAUUCAACAGGGUGUGCAUACAGUCUGGUAUCAUCUGCAGAAUGUGCAAAGGGCAGGGUCUGAAGAUUAGGGGUGAUUUACUGUGAAUAUGAUAAUUUUGUCAUCUUUAAAUGUGAAAACAAAACCCCUAGCGUAACGGUAUGUCUGAACUGGGAGCUGUGGUUUGUUUUGCUCCGAACAAGCCACUGUCUUCACCCACAGUUUGUCCCUGGCUUACUGAUCAUAGUUUGUUUCCCUUGUGUGCUGGAGAAGGCAGGCAAAAUGGAUGAGAUUGGUGCUUUCACAGCAAACCACUAAGUACAGUAAAUUGGCAUGUUGAGUUUUCACUCAAAUUACAGCUGCUGUAUGUGAAAGUAGUUAAGAGAGAGAGUCUGGGAGGGGAGAAGUUAAUGUGUGUUUCUGUAUGUUAAUGAGUCAAUAUUUCUCUUACAGGUUAUAGUUCCUGGGGUACUGAGGCCACCAGUACUCAAGGUAAGUCCUGAUCUCCUAAAAUAAAAAAAUUAGAAAAGAAAUAGAAGAUAACCUUAAGAAUGUUGAGCAUAAGUGUGUUUAUAAAUAAAUAUACUUCUCUUAAGCAUGGGUCGCAAAUAAUAUUUUUUUAAAGGUCCUGAGCAGCCUUGAACUUCUACUUUGUGGACAACAUAUUGAGAGGAUUUUAUUUUGUAUAGGAGAUGUCCAAUGGUUUUAGCUAUUUGGGCAACUAAUUUCCCCUUUCCUCCCCCUGUGCAGCCCCCAUGCACUUCUGAAAUCUGCUCCAGAGAGUUGAGUGAUUCUAGAGUAGAUUGAGAGGUGUGAGUAGCUGCCGGUAGAGGAGAGGAAGGGGAAGUCCUCUGGUAUGAUGGUGGAUAUUGCCUAUAUAUCUGUACUUAACUCCUUAACACAUCAUGUGUGUUUUAUUGUGUUGCUGUCAAAGAACUAAUUCAUUGAAAAUUGUUUUAAAUUGCUUGCCUUGUGAAAGAAUUUAAUCUGUGUUGUGUUAACAUUGCUUUGACGCGUUUAAUGUAAAAGUAAACUUUUGUCUCUUUAAAAGGUGGCUAUUCAACAAAUCCAGCAAGUUGGCAAGGUAUGUGUUUUAUUUGCAGUACUAUCUUAAGUAUUUUGCCAAUUUUCUCAGAAUUAACAAGAAUAACUGACUGGAACAUUUAGAGGCAUUAUAUAAGUAGUAUUUGAAUUUGCAUCACUCCUCCUAAAGCCAAACUUGGCUCCAGAGUUACAACAACUUUGUAGCCAAAAAAGGGCCAUUGAGUAUCAGCAUGCUUAGGGGAACCCAGAGGUUUGCAAAAGCGCAGACAUGUUUAAAAAAUCAAAACUAUCUGGAUGGAUCCCUGAAAAGGCCCAGUGAAGGCUGAGCAUGCUUAGUAGUUACAGAAUCUUAAAAGUUGGCGGUGGGGAUUGGAGGAAGAGGGAAUGGAAGGGGCUGGUGAAGGGAGGCUUCAAAACUGGCAGGAAUGCAAGAGAGGCUAACCGAGAGAGAAGGGAAGUUUAGUAGGGUUUAGGGAGAGUGGAAGCUGAGUAUUAUAUUUAUACUUUUUCCCCAUUCCCCCUUUUUCCCUUCCAUGUCCAGUGGAUGGAGAGAAAGGGAUGGAGGAAGAGUGAUAUAGAUACAAAAACAGCACAAAGAACCAUUUCAUUGUAAACUGGGGAAUAACCUAUCCACACAUUGAAAAAUUAUUCUUAAUUAGACCCAGAGUUGGAAAUGAGAGCCUCUCAUAGAAAUCAUUGGAAAAAUCCAAGAUUUUAAUAUAGCUGCUAAUUGACAAAUGAAGCAAGGCUGAAGGGAGAACAGGAGGCAGAAAGUUACAAGAGGAGAAAGUGAGAGCCCAUGGUGGGACAGUGGCGGGGAGCUGCAGAAGGGGGACAGUGAGGGAGCCUUGACCUCUUCUGAGGAAAUCGGAACUUUAGGCAGUCAUGGGCAUGUUUCUGUCCUGAUGAGAAUAUAUUCAGGUACCAUUCUGCCACAAAUAGAGAAUUAACCCCUUCAAUCCUGAGCAAACAGCCUCAUCAGCCACAAACUCAGGUGAAACACACGCAAAAAUAAUCUGCAGAAUUUUGCUGCAGAAUUCAGCUUGUAGUAUACAAAACAAUGUGUGGUAUAGGUCAUGUAGUGUUUUUAACUUUUAUACUGCUCUUCUUUCAAGGAACAUGGGGUGGGUUAAAUUUGCUUUUAUACAAGAAAAAUGAUAAUAACACACCUAAAAUCUGCACCUCUUUAAUUGUGGGCACAUAACUAAAGCAAUAACUCUUCAUUGGUCUUGUGGCAGUGGACAGUGGUGGCCUAUUAAUGUUUGUAUCUGACAGUUGUUUUCAGGUGUGUAUGAGUGUUGGCUUUGGUGAUGGUUUCCAUAGAUAAGAUCCACAGUUGAAACUCAGAGCCCCCUUUUUACUGUACUAUUGUCUUUCCUUUUUUCCAGGCUAUGAAGGCUAUGAUUAUUAUGGUGCCCAAACCAGCAGCUCUACUACAGCUGCCCCAUACAACUAUGAUGCUGCCAGUGUUGCUGCAACUACCUGGGACGCUUCUAAAGCUACCGACAUGACAAUGAGUGCUGAGAUGGGCUCUCGCAUGCCAGUUGUAAAUUACGGUAGUGGGGCAGUGGGCACAGAAAACUCUGACUCCAUUAUAGCAAAAAUAAACCAGCGUCUGGAUAUGCUGUCAAAGGAAGGCAGCGGUGGUCCUGGGGAAGGCAUGGAAGAUCAGGGAAGGUAAACUAAAGAUUCUCCUCAUCUCUGAAAAACAUAUUUCUUGUUCAAUUUGUUAAAAACAAGAAUUGGUACAACAAUAUUCAUUACUUGAUGUGUAGAUGGUAGCUUAACAUUGGUACAGUUAAAUGCUAUAGUUUCUGAUGACAAAGCUUUCAUGCAAAAGAAGGCAACCUGUUGAAGAGAGGGUCUGCUGUCUUCUCUUGUUGAGGCAUCAGCUAUCAGAUGUGUGCCACAAGAGAUUUUCAAACAGGGUUUUCAUAAUAGUGCCUUGAAACCACAUAGAAAAUACUUUCAUAAUUUUUAAGGGUCCCUGGCUGUCUAACAAAGAUAGGUUGUUUCCUUCUACUUUUGUUGUAGAAUGCAUUGCUCCUUAUUCCAAUACAGUGAACGUAUAAAGCUGUUUUAUUCAGAGUCAGAUCAUUGAUCUAUCUAGUUCAUUGUUGUCUUCUCUGAAUAGGAGCAGUUCUCCAGGCUCUUUGGUAAAUGUCAUUCUCAGUCCUAUUAUUUGUCUUUUUUUACCUGGAGAUGCCAAACAUUGGAACCUUCUGCAUGCAAAGCAUGUACUACACCACUAAGCUAUUUCCCCUUCUUUUUAGAGAAGCAAAUAAAGUUUCAGAGGGCCUCCAGCAUGCAAAUUUUUAUCUGUGCCAAGUUUGUUUGGGCUACCUGUCAAGUCCUCUAAAACUACUGACUGAAUUCUUUGCUUGUAAUACAGCUCUUUCAGAUUUGAGUCUUAUGAGUCCUAUGACUCUAGAGCAUCUGUGCCUGAUCGUGAUCUGUACAGAACCAGCUAUGACUAUAAUGAAGUUGGAUCAGAUCGGAAUGAAUCUUUUGGAAGCCGCUAUGAUAAUGUUGGUGACCGCAGAGAUCAGCCCCGCAACAGAGGAAACAACUAUGGCUUUGCCAGAGGGAGGGCCCAGAAUCGAGGGCACCUAAACACUUUCAAUCGUGACCACUUCAUGCCAUCAAGUACAGAACGGAUGUCUGCACAAUGGAAUGAGAUGAAUUACAUGGGUGGAAGGAAUAUGGAAGGACCUGGACCCAACCGGCUUCCAUCACUAUUUUCCCAAGCACUCGUCCCAGAGUAUAGAGAUUAUGGUGAUUAUGGAGACUACGGAGACUACGGAGACUAUGGCAACUAUGGGGAUUAUGAUUACGGCAUGAUGGAAAUGCAAGGAAUGGGAAUGGGAAGGUUUCCUGGGAACAUGCCCUAUGGCUUCAAUAGAUCACGUGGCAGAGUAAGUUUAGCACAGUAACCUUAGGAACUCUUACAUUUAUAGCUGUUUCAGUAGUUGUAAAUCAUCAGAUUGGUUCAGUGAUUAACAACAAGAGAAGAUGGUCUUAUUUUUAUGUAGGAUGUUUAAAAUAACACCAUUUAUUUUUAUUUUUCAUUGCAAUAAUUGGAAGUGAUAUUGACAGAAUAGUGAUGUUUUUGUUUUUUUGGAACUGAGAUGAUCUGUUUGAAAAAAUGCCUGCUUGUGAGAUAGCGAUAUAUGGGUGUUCCUUGGGUGCAUGGGUUGGGCUUUAUUCUUUACUAAGGAAAUGCAUGAAAUGUAUAGAGGACAUCUAUAGCAGGAAACUAAUGCAUUCUGGGGUUCCUGGCAAGUGCCAACAAACUGGCCAAGCAUGUAUUGCUCUUUUUUUCUUUCUAGCCAAAGAGGAGACCAUUCCGCGGUCGUUUUGGUGGGCAUUCAGAUUUUGAAAGUGGAUUACGCAAACGGAAACAAUCCCAAAGUGGAGAUGAACCAGACAGCAAACAGACAAAGACAGAAAGUGAAAGGGAUUAUUCUGACAAUGGUAAUAUUUUGAUUUUGUUACACUAGGGACCAGUAUCCUGUUUUAUCAUCCUUUGCUUUGGUACCAACCUAUUUGUCUUCUAAUCAUUUAUUAAAUAUGUCAUUAUAAAUCCUACUUCUUUGAUGUGCUACUAUAAAAUAUAGUACUUUACAGCAGUGUUACAGUUCACCAAAUAAAUAAAUGGCCUGCAUCUCUGUAGUAAGAUGGAGAAGAGUUGGGAAAUAUAUGCUAGCAAGUAAAUUUCUCAGCAGAUGGAAACUAGACUUCCACUUUAAAUGAUCCCAGAAGAGUGCUAUGUAAAAUAAAACGAACUUUUCGCAGUAGUUGAACGGUGUCUUGUGUAUUGACAGAUAAUGGUGAAGGAGAGGACAAAUCAGGAGAUGAAAGAGAUAAAGGUGUAAGUAACUUUUUCAAAAGUAUCUGGAUUUUCAGAAGUGAUCAUUUAAAGUAUGAUGAAUGUUUUGGAUUGCUGACAUAUUUUACAUUGAGCUUUUAAGAGAUGUAGAAUUAAUUACUUUGCGUAAUCCCUCUCUCCCUUUUUUUAAAGGAGCAUGAGAGAAGCAAUGAAGAUCUAAAGAGGAAAGGUAGGGUUUAUUUCAUUUGGCAGGCCUAUAUUAACUUUCCAGUUGUGAGGGAUUGUUAUGAGGGAUUGUGGAGUGGGUAGGAAUUCCAUUCUGAUCUUCUUUGGAGGCCAUUAUAGUGGUACCUCGGGUUACGAACAGUCCUGCUUACGAAUGUUUUGGGUUACAAACUUACAAACCUGGAAGUAGGUGUCCCGGGUUGCAAACUUUGCCCCGGAAUAUGAACGCAAUCCACUUCCAGGGCCACGGGAGGCCUAUGUAGGGAAUGCACGCCUCAGGUUAAGAAUGCUUCAGGUUAAGAAUGGACUUCUGGAGCGAAUUAUGUUUGUAACCCAAGGUACCACUGUAGAUGCAACCGGCUAAAAUUAAUUUGAACUCAAAAACUUGUAACAUCAAUAUUAACGCCUUAGGGGAGAUAGUAUUGUAGCAUUCAUGUAUCUUCCUUAGAAGCAGUGACUAGCCAGAUGUCUCUGAAAACUGAAAAUAUUAUAUCUAAGAUCCUCAGCUUUAUUUUUUUUCCUUUUAGUUUUCUUGCCAAUAUUCAACAAAUUAGUGAUAAUUCCUGUUUUAAAGUCAUCUAAAGCUGAUAGUCAUCACUGCAUCAUGUGAUAGUGAAUUCCAUAACAUAUUAAUUGGGUAAAUAAAUACUAUAAUCUAAAAUCUACUCUUUUCAGUCCCAAGCUCUAGCAUUAUCUACAUAUUAUGAGCUGGUUUUUGUAACUUAGUAUGGAUGCGUGAGGGUUCCAGAAGAAGAGAACAUGGCUGCUGGGCUCCUCACCUGGUGUUCUUCUGCUGUGCUGCCUUGAGCUAAACUAUAGUUUGCCCUAGUAUAUCAUCUGAACCUGGGCUUGUGGUUUAUAAGGUGUAAACCUAAGAACAAAUCUUGAUUACAGUUUGUAUUUCAUAUGGAGCAAGAUUAACCAGAAGGCCGAGUUUGGACAACAUUCUAAGCUGGACCAUGGCAAUGCAGCAGCAGGAAAGUGGCUGAAACCACCUCUCAUAUAAUCUUAGAGUUGGAAGGAACCCCAAGGGUCAUCUCAUCCAACCCCCUACAAUGCAGGAAUCUUAGCUAAUACAUCAUGACAGAGACAAGAGACUCUGUAGACAGCACAUUUACACUAUGCCCAUUGGUUGGCUUAGUUUGAAGUAAGCCUUAUGUAAACUGCCAGCCCUCUGAACUUUAAUUCCUUUUAUUUGCUAAAAAAACUUUUAACUCUUUAGCUUCCCCCAGCCUUGUAGGGGAUUCAACUCUGUGAUCACAGAUGCUCAUUUCUUUACCUUCUGCAGUUUUAAUACUGUUUUUGAGAUGAGUCAAAAACAUUCCUUUAAAUAUGGCUUUGUUGCAAACUUGAAUAAUACUCUGAUUCUUACUAUAUUCAGUACUUCCAUAAUACAGUCAUACCUCGGGUUAAAGUUGCUUCAGGUUGAGCGUUUUCGGGUUGCGCUCCAUACUGACCCGGAAGUAACGGAACGCGUUACUUCCGAGUUUCGUCGCAUGCGCAGACACUCAAAAUGACGUCACACGCAUGCACAGAAGCAGCAAAUCGCAACCGUUCGCAUCCAGAGGUACCACUGUAAUUUGAUAUAGAUUACCCUUUGCAUUGCUGCAGCUCAUUGAGUUGAUUCUUCCAGGAGCUUUCCACAAGAACUCCAAGAUCUGUCUUGGAUAGUCGCAGACAAUUUUGACUUCCUCUUGUGAAGAUACCCUUUUUAAAAUUCACUGUGCAUCACUUUGCACUUAACACUUAAUUUGACAUGCCAUUUUGCUGUUUGUUCAUUGUCCAGUAACCAGUUUCCAUUCCCUGGGCCAUUUGUUUAGCUUGAUAGAAACAUAAAGAAACAUAAAGAAAUAUAUUAGUGAACUGUAUAGGUAUACCCAGCUGUUUCAACACAUCUCGAUGUAUUUCUUAUAGUUGUAGUGUGUGUUGUGUUGUUGAAACAUACAUUACUAUUUUUGAGACUACAUUGUUUCAGUUUUCUGCUUCUGUUACUGUUUGUUUAUUACAACGUAUUUAUUAUGUAUCUCUUGUCUUCCUAAGAAGCUCAGAGAGAAAUGUUAGUGUCCAUUCAACCUGUGAUUGAGAUUGACUUGUGAUUGAGAUUAACUUGCCCAAGGCAACCCAGUGAACUUCAGAGUUGACUAGGGAUAUGAGCGUGACUGUUCCCCACUCCACCUUCUUCCACUGCACUAGCUAAGAACCAUUCAGAGGACUGACAUAAGCAUGAAGACUAACAGAAAGCAGUUUCACUGUGGCAGUAUUUCUUAUGAUAAUAGCCCUCAUGCCUAUGUUGUAUAUCAUGAGGGAGGCUAUGGCUGUGUUGAAAAAGUGCAAUUUAAUGAAUAAUGUAAAUAAUAUUUGUUAAUUACACUUGCCAUAUGAAACACUGAUAGAGGUAAGUGCUUUUUUAUUGCCUUCACAUGGUAGAUCUUUAAUUGACCCUUAGAAAAGCAAGUCAAAGAAAGAGGAGAGAAGAGAUUAGAAGGUACAAUAUUUUCAUCCCAUGACAUCGUAAUGCAGUUGAACGUUAGUUCUUAAAGAACUGCCUUAAAUUUAACUUUCUGUAGCAUCUGGUGAUGGCAUUGAUGAUGAUGAUGAUGAUGAAGAGUCAAAACAAAGAAAAGAGAAGCAGAGGCAGAGGGAUCGAAUGCGCGAUCGUGCUAUGGACAGGUAACUGAACAGAUUAAAACUCUUACAUCUUUAAACAUCUUUGGCUUAAAAUUCAUUUUAACUUAAAUUCCUGCUUCAUACAUAAAAUUAAACCCACAUUAUAUGUAGCCUUUCAAAAUAUGGCUGCAGUAAUUGAGAACAUUCUGUUGUUUCUCCAGGAAUAUGCACUAAAGUUUCUUGGGCUGUCUCUUUCUACAAAAGUAAUUUUUUUGCUGCCACCCUGCAAGUUUGCUUUCCAGCUCAAGGAAAACAAAUGGCUCUUGCUAUGUAAAAUUUAGUUUCAUACAUUGUCUUUUAAAUUGCUAAUAAAAUGUACAAAUAGUAAGAAUUUGAAAAUAUCGUUGUGAACUGUUUUGGGCUACCUAGUUGCAAAGGUAGUGUAGAAAUUAAUAAUUUAAUUAAAAUAAUGGUUGCUUAAUGGUAGCCAGCUGAGAUUCUAUAGGACUUGCCCAUGCCAGUGUUUUAUGUGACUCCUCUGUCCUCCUUUACCCACUUCCAAAGUUCUGUAUUUAUCAAAAUGUAAAUACUUCAUCUUGCAUCCCAUACAUGUCUACAAGGCUGAUUAUAUCUUUGGUUGUUUCCAGAUUAAGUAGGCUUGCUCAACACAUUUUUUCCUUCUGCCUCCCUUCCAAAAUGUGUGUAAUUCUGUAAUACAGGCAGAUGCUCUUCUGGAGGGUUAAUUGGUUAUAUCAACUAAUACUGCAUUUCAGUAUUUCCAUAACUGUGUUUGUGUGUGUGUGGUUUCUAAGGAUGGCACUUCAGUUUGAGAAACUUUAAAACCUUAAUUGCCUAGAGUAGUUUUGUCAAGGCAAGUCUCCCCCCCCCCCCAUUUUUCUCCUUUCCAUGUGUGUGUGGCCUGGAGGCAUGGGUAGAGGAAGAAGAAUGGUGGAUUACAUGAGUCAAGCAGGGGUGUGAAGGAGGUCCAGAAGGUUUUAUGUCUUAUGCCUGUUUUAUAAAACUUGGUUGAAAUGGACUGCUCUUCAGGAGAGAUGCUUUCUUAGUAUAUGGAAACUCCUGUGGAUAGAACCUAAGAAUUACAGCACUCUUGUGUUGUGUGAUGAAAACUUGCAUUGUUAAUGUUGUGAUAUUGCUGUUAUAAGAUAAUUUCAAAAUAUUAGUAAACUCCAGAUGAAAAUAGAUUGUAGCAAAGUUAUGCAUAGUUUGCUAUAAUAAACAAACAGUGCAACCCUAGAUUGAAGCAGCAAAGGAAUCUGGUAGACAGAAAGUUUCUUAGGUUCUGUUAGGACAAUAGUUGAGUUUAUGGAAUUUAUUUUUCAUGUAAUGAAUUUCACAAAUAAUGUGUACUAAAAAUCAAAUUCAAUGCCUUCCUUUAGAAUCCAGUUUGCUUGCUCUGUAUGUAAAUUCCGAAGCUUUGAUGAUGAAGAAAUGGAGAAGCAUCUACAGAGCAAAUUUCACAAGGAGGUCCUGCGAUACAUUGGGACCAAACUGCCUGACAAGACUGUAGAAUUCCUGCAGGUAUGUUUAUUUGGGAUUUUAAGUUGUGAACAAAAACAACUAUCGGGUAACUGAACUGCUUCUGCUAUCCAGUAAUUGCGAUUAAUGCCCAAAGAAUUGAUAGUGGUUAUUUUUGUAAGUUUUUCUUAAACUAGGUCAGGCUUCUUCAACCUUAGCCCACCAGAUGUUUUGAGACUAUAAUUCCCAUCAUCCCUGACCACUGGUCCAGCUAGCUAGGGAUCAUGGGAGUUGUAGGCCAAAAACAUCUGGAGGGCCGAGGUUGAGAAAGCCUGAACUAGGUUUUUUGUCAAGUUACUAUCAAGUAAUUUGUUACAUGCAGCAUGUUUCUGGAUAGCAGUGUCUAACUAGUUGGUCAUUAGGGCUUAAGUUGAUGAGUCCCACCUGAAAGUGUGAAGGAAAGAUUGAAACAGAACUGUUAAGAAGCCAUUAUCCAGUGAACUACAUAGUGAUUGGAGAUCACUAAUUUGAGUGAUUAGUGUAUAGUUGCAAUGUCACCUCUAGCUGGACUUUUUACUCAGUUUUGGAGACAGUGACUUAUCUGAUUACACGUAUUUUCUCCUUUACAAUCCCCAGAAAUAUAUAGUGAACAGAAAUAAGAAAAUUGGGAAGCGCCGACAAGAGCUAACGGAGAAGGAUGGUCCAAAACAAAAACCAGAUCCUUUCAAAGGUAAGUGGAACCCUAUUAAGAAUUCUCAAUCCACCACCUAGAAAGUACAGUGCAGAAAUCUCAACUAAAGCAUCCAUGACAAAUGGCCAUACAAACACUGCUUAAAAAUCUCCAGUGAAGGUGAGUCCACCACCUUCUGAUAGAUUAGGCAGGCUGUUAACUGUUGCUGUGAGGAAGAGAGUACCCAGUUAUUAAGAGCAGAGAUGUUUCAACAAAAAAACAAGGUUAUAGCCAUUAUUGUAAUAGUUGCCCCUAUGUUUGGGUCAUGUUGCCCUAGGAUGUUAUAGGGACAGACGAGCUAAUGCUUGUGAGGAGUUUUGCAGUAGCAGCUGGGGGUUUUUUAAUAGCAUGACCAUUAUUGCUGUAGUGAGUUUCUUGCAUCGGCCUUUGAAUUCUCUUCUAGUUUCUCUGACCAACUGUUUCUUAGUUUGUAUGCUUAAAAUGAUUAAUGUAGCCAAUUUCUGGGAAUGGUGUCAAAACAACUGCUUGAGAAAUAACAUACUACACCAUUUUAGUAGUUUAUGUUCAGUUGUGUGCAUCUAAUUUGUGUUUGUACCAUUUCAGGAAUUGGCCAGGAGCACUUUUUUAAAAAGAUAGAUGCUGCUCAUUGUAUGGCUUGUGAUAUGCUAAUUCCUGCACAACAUCAUCUUCUCCAGAGACACCUGAGGUCUGUUGAUCACAACAGGAAUCGCAGAGUAAGCAGUAUUAGUAUUUUCUAUAUGAUUGAUUAAUGAAGUGCAUUGAUUUAGAAAGCAAUCCAUGUGUGCUUGCUUAGCAAGUCCCACAAACUGCAUGGGGCUUACUUGCUAGUGUGUUUAGUAAUGCAGGCUUAGAAAUUAUUCGAUUGAUCACUAUUCCAUACCUGACACUUUUUCCAAAUCUGGGAUUUGCUUCUCAAUUACAAUUGAAAAAUUAUUUAUGAAGGCAUGACUAACCUGCUUUUUGGUUGCUAAUAAAUGAUAGUAUAGCAUAGAUUAAAAUAUAUUUCUGUGCAGCUUUUCAUUCACAAAAAUUGCAAAGCAGCUUAAAAACAGUAAAUAACAAUAACAUAAUAGAAAAUCACAAUAGCAACAUAAAGCAUAUAGAAUAAUGAACAACUCAUCAGUAAAACAAUUAUAAACCAUCAAUAAAACAUUUAAAAUCCAUAAAACACUUAACAAAAGAACUAAAAAAAAAGCUAAACAGCACAAUUACAACGAAAAGCAUAUUAUAGGAUUCACAAUAUUCAUAAUCUAUAAAACAAUAUUAGCAACAUUAGCAAAAUAGCAAUUAAAAAUUAUCUUAGGACUGAUUAAUUCAUACACACCCUCACCACCUCCAUGACUCAUAAUCUUCCACUCUAUUCAGUUCACUAAAGGACACUUAAACAUAAUGCCUGUGGGAGCAACUCCAUUCUGAAGCCUCUUAGGCUGGAGGGUGGGGCAAGGCAUUGCCUGAUGGCCAUCAUAAAAUCUCUCUCCCUUUUCUCUCCUAUGUCUGGGACUCAACCUAAGAGUUAUUUCACUAUAUAGGAAAAGCAAGUGCAGGUGAUUUGAAUGCCUUCUGGGUGAGUCAUGGCUCCUUAGCUCAAGGGCAUGAGUGUCUCUGUAUCUCCUUUUCGAAAUAUGAAAACUAUCAGACCACUUUCAUGAGGUUUCAGCAAAACAUUCUUUUAUGUACACUCUACUUUUUAAAAAGUGCCAAUAAUAUGCAUGGUUUUUCCAGUUUGAGAGACCAUAAUAAUGACACCUGUAGCUACAAAAGAGGAGAACUUUAUUGGAGUAUGAGUAAAGUUACAGUGCUUGAUUUUUCUUUAUAGUCCCUGAAAGACUUGCCGUAUUUUUCGCCGUAUAGGACGCACUUUUUCCCCUCCAAAAAUGAAGGGGAAAUCUGGGUGCGUCCUAUGGGGCGAAUGCAGGCUUUCACUGAAGCCUGGAGAGCGAGAGGGGUCGGUGCGCCCCGACCCCUCUUGCUCUCCAGGCUUCAGGAAGACACCCGCAGCCUAGGCAGCCCUGCGGGAGGUCCCGCAGGUCUGUCUAGGCUGCGGAUAGCAGUCUGCUUCCCGGAGCCCCGGGCGCGCUGAAAGCAGAGCGCCGGGCGCGCUGAAAGCAGAGCGCCGGGCGCGCUGAAAGCAGAGCGCCCAGCGCUGAAAGCAGAGCGCCCAGCGCUUCGGGAACGCAUCCGCAGCCUAGGCAACCCUGCGGGAGGUCCCGCAGGGCUGUCUAGGCUGCAGAUAGCAGCCUGCCGCCCGGCGAGGAGCGCCCUGAAGCAGAGCGCCCCUCGCGCCGGGCAGACAUUUUCAGUGUGGGGAGCCCUGCAGGAGUUCCCCGCAGGGCUCCCCACGCUGCGGAUAGCAGCCUGCUGCCCGGUGUGAGGGGCGCCCUGAAGCAGAGCCCCCCUCGCACCGGGCAGACAUCCGCAGCAUGGGGAGCCCUGCAGGAGUUCCCCGCAGGGCUCCCCACGCUGCGGAUAGCAGCCUGCCACCCGGCGCGUGGGGCACCCUGAAGCAGAGCGCCCCGCGUGCCGGGCAGACAUUGGCCAGCCCCACAAGCUCGGGGGACAGCAGGGAGGCGCAGCGCCGCCAUCCCACUGUUCCUCAACCUGGUUCGGUUUCCCCGACCUGGUUUUGGGGGGGAAAUAAGGGGGGGGGAAUUUCCUUUAUUUCCCCCCAAAAAAACUAGGUGCGUCCUAUGGGACGAAGCGUCCUAUGGGACGAAAAAUACGGUAAGUCUGUGAUAGGGCUAGGAACAGUGAUAGGCAGAAUAGAGGAAUACAUAGGCUACAUACAUUACACCUACAUUUGAUGCUUGAAUAGUUUGAUGACACAUGUGUAACUUGCCAUGUUACAACUGAAACUUGGAUAUAACAGCUUCUACUUUGGCCUGAAGGAAAAUUUAGCCAACGUAUCUUCAUUGUGUAAGAAGAGAAGGUGCAAAUUGGUUCUGUACUUAUGCAGUAUGUAUUGAAGUUUCCCUUAUGAAAUAUCAAUACAGUAAAGCACUAUUAAAUAUAAACAGUUGGAUAAAAGCACUAUAGAAACCUCAUUUCGGUUUUGGUUACACUUCUGAUAGUGAAAUAAGCCCCCUUUGGUAGUAAAGAUGCCCAAAUAAAUCUAUUAGUUCAUAUAAAGCAUAUUUUAGUUUCCUGUCCUAUACUCACUUUUUAUAAACUUCCGUCAUUUUGAUUACCGUGUAUUGGAUCCAGAGUUGCCCUUCUGUUCAUUGAAGCUAUUCCAUUUGUUGAAGGGACUGCAAUCCAGCAGAAGCUUCUGCUGGAGGAAGAGCUGUUUUUUGUUUUUGUCAUUUUAUAGAAAUACUCCAAAUAUAGAACAAAACCCUAGCUCCAGCAUAACGUAAGUUGAAAAUGCCUAGGCAGAAGCAUCACCAGGAAGUCUAUGGCAAGAGCUUUUCACUGACCAUAUUUACUCUUAAGUAUUUUUUCUUUUACAAAGUCUUGAGUGCAUAGUGCCGCAAAAGUGAUGGCUGUAAAAUAAGGAAGAUAACCAGAAUUGCAGCAUUCUUAUUUUCUACUUCGGCAUCAUAUUGACUUGUGUUUCUACACUUCCUAGAUGGCAGCUGAACAUUUCAAGAAGGCUAGUUUCCACGUAGCUAAGAGUGUUCUGAAUAGCAAGCACAUUGUGAAAAUGCUAGAAAAGUACCUCAAGGUAAGUAAGUAAGCAGGAUGUUUGCUGUGUAGUCCUGCUUUUUCACAGAGCAAGAGCGCAGGAGCUUCAGCUUGGCCUCAACAGAGCAUUACAGUAAUAUUGCUGAGUGUGCUGCAUGUGUCUUUUCACAUAAGAUGGAGGGAAGCAAAAUUAUUUCUUUGCUUUCUUAUGUAUAAUCUGAGCCUUGAUUAGUGUCUUCCUCUCUAGCAUUCACUCCCACUCCUCCCAGAUGUGUUGGAUACUCAUACUAGCAGACACUGGCUAUAUUCACACAUUACAGUAAACUGUAGUUAAAGGCUUAAAAUGAAUGCAUAUACAGGUUUCAUUCACUCCUCCCCAAGCAGUGCAAGCAGAAGCGAGAAAUGGCAGUCCCUGGUUUAGCAUUAUGUCCAAACCUGGGGUCAUGGUUUAUUUCACAGCAAACAAAUCAUGAUUGGGAAACCAAGAACAAACCUUGGAUUCACACUGAUUUGCUAGAAGUGAAACAAACCACAAUCCCAGGUUCAGGCAUAAUGCUAAACUAGGGAUCUGCAUUUUUAUGGCAAACCAUUUACUGUGGCUUACUGUGAUGUGUUAACGUGGCCAGUAUAGAAGAAAUUUAUAGCUGCUUACAACUAGAUUGAUUAGCAAAAUAAAUACUAUCCUCAGGCUACCCUCUGCUAAUAUAAAAUAUAGCUGUGUUGAGGGGGAGCAUUGUGCCCAACCUAAGCACCACUUGAAAAUUUAUCUGGUUGGUUGAGAAAAAUCAUUUUUUUCUUGCUCACAGCAUGGAGUGGACUUUCUUGAGUAGAAAGGUAAUGCUGAUUUCCCUAAUGAGUUUUCAGUUUUCGUGUUAAAGAAAAUUAACUUGGGAACAGCAUCCAAAGUCAAAGCAAAUUUUGUUAGUCCCAAUGUUAUUCCAAAUAUCACAUGUGGGAGAAAGUUGACAUCAGGUGAUCUGAUCUCAACUGUUGGACAGUGCAUGACAUGAGUGAGACAGGGCCUCUCCAAAAUAUUUCACUAUGGCUCUGUAAAUCAAACUAGCCUUUUCCCCUGCUGAGAAUGAAAAAGAUGCCACUUAUCUCCAAAGCAGGGAUGUGAUGAGCCAAUAAUGGGAAGUGUGGUAGCCUAGAUGAGUAUUUGCAGGUCAUGUGGAGACUCCUGUGUGACCAUUGAGGGUUUGCUGAUGUAGCAUACAUGGCCAUAUGUAAUUGGUGAGUUCCACUUUUGAUAGGAAAGCCUGAAGCCAUCUGACCAGGUGAAGACGAAAAGAAACAAGUUUGGCUGCUCCUAUACCUGGCAAUCCAGGAGCAUCCCACGAUUCAACAGGACCCUCUCAUGGCAACCAUAACUAAUGGGGGAGCAGAUGUUGUCAUUUCCUCUACAUGUCUGCUCUGUCCCUAUGGCAACACUUCGGUCUUAACCAGACUGAGUUUCUGCCAAUUAACUAGUCUCUGCUAGACAGACACUAGUAAAACUGAGACUCUGCUCUCUGGGUCCAGUGAAAAAAAUAAGCUGAGCACAUCAGCUUGUAGUUGACACUGAUGGCCUAUUUACUGAGGCUGUGUUCCCCCAGCGGCCUCUCAUACACGUUGAACAAGAGGGGUGACAGAAUAAACCCUGCGUAGCUCGCAUGAGAGAGCCCUUGGGGCAGAUGAGCAGUUGCCCAGUGCCACCCUCUGGGAUCUCUCGGAGGAAAAAAUGGAACCACUCAAGCGCAACUCCGUCUACCCCUGCUAGGGUCCGCAGGUGCCUCAGCAACACCUCAUGAUCAACAGUAUCAAAGGCUGCCGACAGGUCUAACAGAAUCAGCAUGGACACCUGAACUUUGUCCAUCAGCAGGAGGAGAUCUUCGACCCACCCAGCACAGUCUCCGUACCAUACCCAGGUGCAAAACCAGGCUGAGAGGGGUGAAGGAAAUCUGAGGAUUCCAGGUAAUGCCAGAGCUGCCCCAUCAAAAAUCUUCUCAGCACCUUCCCCAAGAAAGGAAGGCUGGAGGCAGGGUGAUGCAGUUGGCAUCAAGAAAUUAUUCUUGAACAUUGGCAUAUUACUUCCUCCCUUAAAGGAUGCUGGCACCUUGCCCUUCCUGAGGAAGCUUUUGACUUUGAAUCCCCACCCCUUUAAUUGGCGAUUAAUGGACACAUCCAAAUCGCGGGGUAGAGCCUAGAGCUCUGAAACUACAGAACAUCAGUGAAUAAAGCUGGUUGGCUGAUUUUCAGUCAAAGAAGAUGGCGCUACUUGUCUUUCACCUGCAUGGAUCUUCUUUCAUGGAGGCAGUUAGUCUCCAACUGGGUCAUAAAAUAUAAAUGUUUAGUUGCUAGGUGCAGAAAUCCUUGGCAGUACUGUAUCUGGCCCAAUUUUUGUGGGUUGGGACUGCAUGGAUAUAGAUGCAAAAGCAGGACUCAAGAAGAGAACUUGGAACUCAUGUGCCUCAUGAGUAUUGUGGUUCAGAAAUUGUCACUUGAAUUUGAUCAGGUUAAGGGCUAGAUUUCUGCACUGGCAUGCUGCCUUUCCGUUGUACAUCAGUUGCAGGUCAGCCACGAGUGAUCCACAAAAGCAGGGUGGGAUGGGGGAGAGAAUGGUUUUAAUCCCAGUACAUGACAGACAUUGGUUUUGAGAAUCAGCAGAACAACACUAGUGUGUCUGCUGUUUCCAUAUGGUGUUUCCUUUAAUAAAGAACAGAAAUUCUAGCAAGAGCAAAAGAGAGGACUGACCCUGAUAUGGUCAGUGACAAGCCAUGACCUCAGUCUGAAUGAGUUUGGUGUGACUGCUGUAUGAGUGGUUCCCAGUAUUCCCUUAGGUUUCUUGGACACAAAGAGUGUUCUGCUUAAUGAGAUCACAAAAAUGUAUGACUACCAUCAUUGGUUUAUAGCCAUAUGUCAGCAUCUAGACUUGCUAGUGUUGAAGAGUGUGGUGAGAGAGUUGAGCACUUCAUAGCUGUGAUUCAACUGGGUAUUUCCUUAAAACAGUUUCUACCUCUAAGCUGAAGGCUCAAAAAGUGUGUUGAAAAUUAUUUAAGAUUCCACUGGAUUUUUCUAUUAUAGAAUUACAUCUCUUGAUGCUACAGUAAAUAUACUGCAGCAAAGUGCAUUCCAAUCUUACUCCUGUGAGGCAGACACAUUGUCAGCUUUCCAAAUAGUACCACAGGCUUUAGGGUGCUGGCAGGCUCAUGUGAAAGAAUUUAGCAAAAAUGUAGUCUGUUAAGUUGUUUGAGGCAAGAAAGGCUAUUGUGCUUUGAAGUGAGGGUGCUCAAAUUUCAAUCACUCAGUUGUAAACUUCUGCAUUCUAGGUAUGAGGCUGUCUAAUGGAGGUUCAGACAAUUUUGUGAGUAAGUAAUAAUAUGCUUCUUCCCUUUGUCAGGGUGAGGACCCAUUUACAGAUGAAAACGUUGACCAAGAUGUUGCUGACUCUGGAGCCUUAGAGGGGGCAGAAGCUGAAAAGGCUACAGAAAGUGCUGCAGUAGAGAGAAAAGAGAGUGCUGCAGAUGAGAUCACAACCACUGAAGUCAGUGAAACUGCUAAACCAGAAGGGGAUGAGAGAGCUUGCUCUACUAUAACCUUUUCUGAAGAUAAAUCUGCAGAGGAGGAGGAGCAGGAAAAAGAGAGAAUCAAGCCAGUAGGAACAACAGAGGGACUGUCUGCCCAUCCUCAAAAAAGCCUUGAAGUGAGAGCAGCAGAAAGCCAAGUGGAGGAACAAGAGCAUUUGAAGAUGGGAGAAGGGAACUCUACGGAAAUGGCAACAGCUGAAAAUAGUGACACCAAGGAGGAACCAGUUAUUGUAGCAAAUGCAGAGCUGCAAUAGGAAUGACCAUAUAAAUGAUUGUAUAAAUUGAUUGUAUGAAGAUGAUUUUGACUGGCUUAGCUGUAUAAUCCCUCCCCCCCUCCCCCCAAUACACCCUGGAAAAAAAAUCUUAUGUCAGUGCAGUACCUGUAUGUGCAUUUCUAGGGUGCUGCCAAUUUUGUUAUUGAUUUGAAGAAAGGAAUUUAUCUAUUCUGUUAUGGAAGCAGUCUUGUGCUUCAUUGUUGUAGAAGGCUGUAUAGUCCCCAAGAAAGGUUUGAUGACUUAUUCAUUGUAGAAUGAACAAUACGAUUUGGAAAAAAGCAAAGUUGUUAAUCAUUCAGCUCCUCCCAGGUGUUCAUUUUUCAGUAUUGAAGGAAUAUAGCUUAAUUUGGAAAUGAAAUUUGGCCUCUUCUUUAUGAAGGAGUAGAUUAGUUAAGUGUGUGUGUGUUCUUGCUUGUGAAAAUGUUUCCUCAUUUAAGUUCCUAAAGAAAAGACUUGCUGACUUGAAAACUGUUACUUUCUUUAUCCAGUUUGCAAUAUUGCAUGAAAACAGCAUCUGUAACUUGUUUUUAAGCACCAAGAUGAUUGUGUAUCACACUGGGGUUAUCAUUUCUACUGAGCACUAUUUCAGAUUUUCUGGCUAGCAAGCUGCAGCUUGUACAUUAUGCUGGUACAGAGGCAUAGCCUAAGGGAGAAAAGUUAUACCACCACUGAAUCUCCAUCCUCUUAAUAAAAAUCACAAACGUAUCAUUCAUGGAGUGAAUUGCCAAAUAUUGCCCUGCGAGUAUUGAAGCAGUACCAAGACCAGCAAAAUAAAAGCAGAUUUGUGAGUGUUAGGAUUGAUGCUCAUAGUUAAAGCUUUAAGAGUGGAAUGGAGCACUAUUUGUAAAGAAAACAACAACCCCGGUCUUUUGUCUUAGCAGUUAAAUAAACUUCUGAAACUGAAAACUA